CAUUCUGUGGUAUCAGUCAGACCCUGGUGCACUGAAAAGAACACAAGUGCUUGACCGUUUCUCCUGAUUUCUAACGUUUUUUAUACAGAUCCAUCGCAAUGUGUACUGGGAAGUGUGCACGGUUAAUAGGACUAAUACUUUUGCCCUCAGCUUUUUUGUGUAUAAUAGCGAAUAUACUUUUAUUCUUCCCUAAUGGAGAACAGUUGGAAACUAACCAGAUUUCCCUUCAAGUCUGGCUUAUGGCAGGUGUUCUUGGUGGAGGACUGUUUAUGAUUUGUCCAAGCUGCUCAGCCAUCAGAGCCGGGGGCAAAGGCUGUUGCGGGGCAGGUUGCUGUGGAAACCGUUGUCGUAUGCUGAGUUCUGUUUUCUCGUCUGUAUUUGGUGCCCUUGGGUCGGUCUACUGUGCCUGUGUUGCCAUUGCAGCACUGGCUGUUGGGCCAAAAUGCCAAGUUGAGGAUGGAAAAUGGGAAUAUCCCUUUGAGGAAAGGAAAGGGAACAGCAGUUACCUGGUGGAUAAGACAAUAUGGUCCGAGUGUCUCUUUCCCGAGAAUGUGGUUCUCUGGCACAUCGUGCUGUUCUCCAUACUUUUGGGCCUGUCUCUGAUCCAGACAAUACUCUGUGUCAUUCAGGUUGUGAAUGGAUGUGUGGGAUGCCUCUGUGGAGACUGUCGAGACAACAAAUCGGAUGACGGAGGUCUGUGAGAUCUGCGGAGGAGGAAAACAACAACAAAACAAAUCAUCACAGAUUCAAUUCAUGCCACAAGACAAAAUAUAUAUCAGAAAAGUAUGUUUAUUGUGAAAGUAGGUUGUUUUGGAUCAUUAAGAUCUGAUCGUAUUCCAAAAUGCACAAAGUGUAUAAAAAGGAAAAAAAAUAUUUUUUUUUUCCAGAGUCCACAAGAGCUUUCACACAACACUAACAACACAAGCAUUCCAAGCCAUUUCUAAAAAGCAGUAUUGUGUGCAAAUGUAACCUUAUUUGAACUUUAUUAUGUGUUAUUGCAGCAGUAAAUUAUAACCAAAUAUCAAGCUCAAUAACUUUGUUUUUUAUGAUAGAUAUCGUGUAGGAAUGUUGAAAUUCUUUUUCCUUUUUAUAAACUUUGUGCAUUUUGGAAUACGAUCAGAUCUUAAUGAUCCAAAACAACCUACUUUCACAAUAAACAUACUUUUCUGAUAUAUAUUUUGUCUUGUGGCAUGAAUUAUUAACUUGAGUAAUGUCUAUCUUUAGAGCUGGCAUCAGAUUGCAUGAGAAUGAUAUUUCCUCUACAGGUUACAGAAAUACCCUGGGCUGAGUGUUUUCUUUUUCUGGUGUUCUUGGCAAGAGCCGUCAAGUUUUUUUUUUUUUUUUAA